AUACGUUAUUUGAACGUCGUAGCGUACGUUACCCAUAUUUUGAAUUACAUAUUUUUCGUUCACGAGCCAGCUAAACCAACAAACUAUAUUCAUCAGAUUUUUGUGAGAUAGAAAAAAAAGUCAUCGAAUAAUAAUAAAAUGCAACCGUAGUCAUAGCGUUUACGUCGAUCAAAGUAAUAUCAAUAAAUCUUUACAAUUUUUGUGCCAGUUUUACACAGAAGUUGCAUAUAAUUAUUGUGCUUCUGAUGAAUUCGUUGAAUCCGUCAGCUAUUUGAAAUUUCACAUUCUGAACAUUCGAAAUUUCCAAUGUUUUGAAUAGAGAGAGAGAGAGAGAGAGAGAGAGAGAGAGAGAGAGAAAGAGAGAGAGAGAAGGAAAAAACGUCAAUAUCAUCUAUAUAGGGUGACUAUCGAUUCGGCAACGGAACGCCAAUCUUCUACUGAGGUAAAAUAAGUCGGUGUUUCGUAAUUAAAUCAGGAAAAAAAACGGUAAAAAACACAACAGAACGAGAAGGAAAAAAUGAAAAUAAUGAGAAAAAUUGAAACUGAUUCAAUUGUUGUGUCUGAAAAUCAAGGUUUCUGUGCAAAUUUAUCAUUCACGAGUUGAGUUUAUUAUAUCAAGCUGAAAACCAAUAAAAAUCGUUUCACUUUUGAGAGCGAAUAUAAGUAAUCUCUAACUAAUUGAAUCCAGCGAUACAAAGUGAUAAUCAUUUGCAGUUUUCGGCACCUUUAUUUACGGCUAUGUCAGCCGUAAAUAUGAAUAUCGAAUGCAUCAACCUUUGAUUCCAAUGAUUAGAUCUGUCUAUUCGGUUGAAUCAUCUCGAAAGCAUCAUCAAGUUGGUUCACGUGCACGUGUUAAGCGACCGGUAGCGGUAUUCAGCAUAAACAAUGAUAAAACCCAUUACUAGAAAUCAGAUUUCUUCAGUAUUUCGGCCGGACGCUAAGUUGAACUGAGACGAAUCUCGAUUCGAUUAGCGAAUUUACUGAAAAGCACACAACAAAACAGAUCUGCAUUCUAAAUAUGCAACAUCAAUCAUAAGAAUACUGUGUUCAAUGUGUUGUGAUCGCGACGUGAUUGAGUGAAAUGUUCAGGUGAUAAGUGGCAUUCGGUACAACAUUAUUUGUUGUCCUGACACUCAACCAUUGAAGAAAAAAAAAACAAACCAAAAGAAUUUAUACGUCAAUUGUUAUUUCUCAGACACAUCAUUGCGCAACAAAUUGCCGCCUGGACCUUUUGCGGAAACGAUGCGGGCGAGCUGAGUUUAUUGUUUCAUUUAUGCUGCGCUACAAAUUGUCGAUCACAUCAACGAAUUGGGUUUAACAUUGAAUUGUCGAAUUACAUAAACGUGUGCAACAAUCUUAUUAUAAAUUAGUGUCAAUAUAUGUAAUUCACGAACGCAUUCUAUAAUUAUCGAAUGUCAAUCAAAUAGAACUACAACUGUGACGCUGAUCCGUCAUUUGAAAAUGCAGUGAUUUUGACAAUUUACACAUUUGUGCACGUUCCUCUCCGCCUCCUAGUUAGUGUGAAAUAUUUUACUUUAAAUUAAAAACAAAAACAGAUGAAAAUUGGUGCGAAUACGGCCAAAAACUGUGACAAUCUUCAAAGUUCAAUGAUCAACACUGUUGUAUGUGUGUAUGGCCAUCGAUUCAAGAGCUACAUAUAAGAAAGCAGUAAUUGAGAGACCGCAGAAAUUGAUCGAUUAAAAGUUCUUUUUCCAUUUUCAAAAGCAUCACAUUCAAAUUCGUGAGGUAUGUCUCUUUGGACGACUAGCACAACUGGGCUAGAAACAGCUCUUGCGGCUGCAAUCGGUUCCACAUUGCAACAACACACAAACACGAUAACAAACAAUCUCAAGGGUCAGCCACAAAUUUUGCACAUCGGAAAUAGUGUUGGCACUGGCAGCGUAUCUAACAAUCUUCACCACCUGAAUCACAACAGUUCAAGCAGUAACAACAAUAUCAAUAUCAAUCAUUUGCAACAUCAUCUUCACCACAGUAACAGUCCUCACAAUUACAAUACUCAUAGUAACAUCCAGCAGUCCGUGUUCGGUCGAGGCACCAGCAUUUGUAGUAAUCAUACGAAAAGACGAACGGCAAUGUCACAGUCGGGCGAUGAUCUACACUCACCAAGCUAUUUGUCAUGGCGAAAAUUGCAGCUGAGUCGGGCCAAAUUAAAAGCAUCAAGCAAAACUUCAGCACUUUUGUCUGGUUUCGCCAUGGUUGCAAUGGUUGAGGUACAAAUUAACAAUGAUACAAAUGUACCAACCGGAAUGCUGGUGGCAUUUGCCAUAUGUACAACACUCUUAGUUGCCGUUCAUAUGCUGGCCUUGAUGAUAAGCACAUGUAUUUUGCCAAAUAUUGAAGCUGUUUGCAAUUUACAUAGUAUUUCACUGGUCCACGAAUCGCCACAUGAACGUCUCCAUUGGUACAUCGAAACCGCUUGGGCUUUCUCCACACUGCUCGGCCUCAUACUGUUUCUGAUCGAAAUCGCCAUUUUAUGUUGGGUCAAAUUCUAUGAUUUAAGCAAAGAAGCGGCAUGGUCAGCAUGCAUCGUACUGCUACCAGUCCUGGUUGUGUUUCUAGCUUUUGCCAUACAUUUUUAUCGAUCACUAAUGACCCACAAAUACGAAGUUACCGCUUCUGGCAUACGCGAAUUGGAAAUUCUCAAAGAGCAAAUGGAACACGAUCAUCUUGAACAUCAUCGUAACAAUGGUAUGCAUUUUCCGGGCAGUGAAGUUGUAUAGUUUUUCAGAAUAUUGUAAUUGGAUUCGUGUUUAACAUAGCCAUUUUGUUAGCUUCGUGUUAACGGAUGUACAAAUUGUUGUGUAAUGAGCCAACGGAAAACAAAAAAUCAACAAAUCGAAAAGGAAUAAGAAAUAGACAAGUGGUCCACAAAUGCCCCUUUUCAUGAAAACGAAAGUUAUCAUCGACUGUUCUUGUAAAAAUUGUCCAUGUUUUAGUUUGCUAGUAACCUUAAUGUAAAUCUCUCAUUUUUUUUCUUUAUACUAUUCAAAUUGAACAAAUCGCAAAAGCGAUAUUUUCCACACAUCAAGCGGACGAAGAGAUUAAUCGACAAUAGCUGGGUAUAGUUCUGGUGUAAAAUGGAGUUUGAGUGUUCGAUAGUAAUUGAUUUAAACUGUGAUGACUCAAUUUUGUUUAUAAGUUUGCAAUGAACUGCGGAUAAUUUGCAAGCAAAUACAUUUCGAUCAAAAUCAAAAAUUUGCUCAUAACUUUUUUCUUCAAACAAAAUGUUGUGAUUAUGCUUGAUUGCGAACAAAAAACCAAGUGAGAGCAAAACUCUACCUUCAAUAAAAAAAAACUCAUACACAAACACAUUCAUCGAUGGUAACAGUCUUUCUUUACUGUAAAUAAAUACACCGAUCUGGUAGUGAAUAUCUUAAAAAUAUUUAGGAGAUUUAACUUUUUUUACCGGCCAAAUGCAAGCAACAGUUAGUAAUGAAUAUUAAAUCCGAAGUUAUCCAUUUGUAACGUAUUUCAAUAAUGCUUAAUUGUUACGAAUAUGAUCAUUAAAGAAAAAAGAAACACAAUUUUUAUUGUAAGUAAAA